AAAGACAUGACACAUUCAGCCUCUGCACCAAGGACAGAGCAAGCGUCACUGGCACGCAUACCGGCUGAAGAUAUACAACACACACGCUUCACCAUGACAACCACUGCUCUGGAGUGACAGCUGUCAAUCAACAGGAUAAGAUUAUCAAGAUCACCUGCCACGAGAGAUUACAUCAUAAUACCGGACUAAAGAGUAAUUCUUUACAAAACUUGUUAUUUCUUAGAUCAUUUUAUGAAGUCAAAUAUUUGAUCUGUCUAGAAAAGUAGAUAUAACGAUCCGCACGUCUGCAUGCGUUCACAUGCACGUGUGAAAUUGUCUAGCUCUGUAUCAGGGUCACAGUUUUGCUGGCUCUCAUCCGUCAGAAGCAGCGGUUCAGGGUUUAAUCAGCUAGGACGGGUUUGUGUAUUUAACCUUCCCGGAGAUCAUGAGUGGGGGAAAGAAAGAGUUAGAGAUGAGGGACAAAGCCAUCAUGCAUCAGCAAAGGAGACUAAAGCAGGCCACCCAGUUCACGCACAAAGACUCAGCGGACCUUCUGCCCCUGGAUGGCUUGAAGAGGCUGGGCACCUCCAAAGACCUGCAACCCCACAGCAUCGUGCAGCGACGCCUCCUGGAGGGCAACAUCCCACGUCUGCGUGGGGAAGCCCGGGACACCCCCUCUCACAUUCGCUCUCCACUUGUAGACAGCAAAGAGGGCGGAGAACCAGAGGAAAGAAGUGAGAGCACUGUGGACGACUCCACAGAAGAGAGAGAGUCUCCAGAAGAGAGCGAGAAGAGCCUCAGGUCUGACGAGGAUGAGGACUAUGAAGAAGACAGGAAGAAAGUGGGCGAGAGCGCAUCCAACCUCUCAGCUCUAGUGGUCCAGUGUAAGUGUGGUGACGCAGAGGUGAAGCUAUCCAUAAACACAGGGUGCCAACACAACCACAUCUCUAAGACAUGCUGCAGAAGACUGGGACUGAUAACCAGCCAUGAAGAAAAGCCCCACGGGAAGUUGCCCUUCACUGAAUCGACGGUGGAGACGGUGAAGUCUCUGCACUUGCAGCUGGGCAGGGAAAAAGUCCAAUGCACCGCACAAGUCAUAGAGGACGCAACGUUUGAGGUGUGUCUGGGUCUACAGACUCUGCUGGAACUCAAAUGCUGUGUGGACCUGAACUCCAGAGUGCUCCGUCUCCACAGCACAGAGCAAGCGCUGCCCUUCCUGGAUUCACCUGCCUGCAGCCAGUGCCAUCACCAUGACAACAACAAAAACAUGUGACCUCAGACCUACGUGCCCGCCAACCGCCCGAUCCUACCCAUAUAAUCAGAGAGGAAGUUCAAAACGGAAAGCCUUUGUCUGGACUCUUGUUCCAGAUGAACAUAGCCAGGCCUCUCUCUCCUCUUUACAUCCUUAUUCUUCGUUGUUUGUUCGUUUCUGUGCUAUUUACAGAAAUCUGCCAACUGUCAUUUUUUCUGCUGUGCUAAAUUAGUUUCAAUUAAAAGUGUUAUUAAGGCUGCGGAGGAGGAAGACUGCGUUCUGAUAUUUUAAAUUGCCUUGAGUACCCGGUUAAUCCGCAAGACGCUGCGUUCAUCUUUGUAAGGUCGCCAGUAAUAUCUUUUAACAGGAGAUUGUAAUGACAAGCAAAUUUCAUUCUUGUUUAUUAUAGUAAAAUUGAGAGAUUUACAAAAGCUAUAAACUCCUUAAACAUGUUAUAUAUUAAAACAUAAUUAAUCGAAAGUUGCACAAAUUUAACUAAAAAUCACUACUCCAUAAUUGCCUUUUACUAACCAAGGACUGCGUUUUCUGUCCUGUUUCUCUUUAGAAGAUUAGAUCGGCCCCCAAAUGAUAAUAUGGGGCUUCAGUCAAUCCAAUCAAAUGUUAAUAGAGCCCUUGGGAUGGACUUGCACUGGUUUUCUUCUGAAGGGCCCACAAACCAACCAAAACAUUCCAAUCUGCAUGAUUUUAUAGACCUCUCCCUUUGUAUUCUUCGAUGUUUUGCGAUAAACCAUUGAAAGCACGAGUGUGUGUGUGUUUAGGAUAGAAUACAAAGCAUUUCUGUUUGAGCUCUUUUAGAACAAUUCAAGAGCCCUGAUUCAGCUUCUGGGCACAAACCUUCAUAACCAAAGGCCUGUCUCCACCACCCACACGCCUCGCUCAUUGUUUAGUCUUAGCACGGGCAUAUAAACGCCCGUCUCGGCUCCCAUCGAAAUGCCAACCGACGAUAGAAAGAGGGCCAAUAUGAAAAGAGUUUAUUUUUGUGUGUUUUUGGUUUCAUUUCCUCUGAACAGUAUUUUCUCGGCCUAAAUAAAAUAAAAGAUGUAUUCUGGAUAUACAAAGGUCUCCGCUGAUUGAUCAGAAUUAAUAUCAUGUCAUGACAAUCCAUUACACCUACACAACAGACAAUAGCUGAAGGACAACACUGUUCUGCUCCUCACUGAUCGUUGUUGGCAUGGAUGUUCAUGAUCACAUGACUGUGAUGUUGGUUUGCCCUGGGCAGUCAACAAGCUAUUUUAAGGUUUCUUCAUUUGAUGAUAGAGGGAAAAGAUGUUCUCACUCACAACAACCACAGAGAGCCAUAAGGGAUGACAUCAUUGACCCCGCACGGAGCUCAGGCUGCUCCUGAUCCACAACCAGCAUGGAGUCUGAACACAAAGUACUGUAGCCAGGGCACAAUACAUUAUUUAAACAGUCAAACCAUCAUGAAGUCCAUCUGUUUUUUUUUUUUUGUGAAUGCAAGGGAAAGAAUUACAAUUACAUGUAUUCGUCUAGCAGAUGCUGGUAUUCAAAGCGACUAUAGAAAAAGAUACUUUUAUAUAAUAGUUUCAUUACAAUGACAAGCGGCAGGAGAAUUUGGUAAUUGAUUAGCCCCGCCCACACUGAAAUCUCAUUGGUUCAAAACGAUUCUCCUUAUUAAAUGGUAAAAAUGCUCUGGAUUGGUUAGGACCAUUUUGAAUCACAGACUGUUUUUAACAUUACGAGUCUUUCAUCGUAACCUUCUGUGCUUCCCAAUUCUUUGCUAACAAAAUUAAAAAAUGCUAACACUUCACUUAAAGCCUUUAUGUAUUAUGUGUUAUAAAGGGUUAUUAAAGGGUAUGAUGUUUUAUAAUGGUUCAUAAUGUGGGUUUUAAUACAUACAAGG